AUGCUGAGAGCGCAGCGCCGCGUUUGGCGCGUCAACAAGGCGACCCUCCCGUUGCAAGCAGCGGAUGUCAGUUCUGUGCGAGCUACUAGAUGUCUUAGCUCGACGGUGUUGGAGGAAGGGGGCGUCGGGGCUUCGAGCAGAGAGGAGGCCAAGCUGACGGGCCAGCAUUGGAAAACUAUUGCGUGGGAGGCGAAGAUUCUGGCCGCACUGCGAGCUUACCAGAAGAUCAACAGGAACACGUUGGCCCCCUACUCAUUUAUCGUUCCAACGGGCGACACUCGCUGGCCGCGGGCGACGUGGGGUUACGCACUUGGGCGUGCAGUCAGUGGUUUGCGUGGCCAAGCUCAGAAACAAGCUCUGUCGGCGCGGAUGGAAACGGAGCUGAAGGAGCUCAACUUCGCUUUCAAUAUCCUUCAGUACCAGUGGGAUGAGAUCAUUCUGCCAGCUCUGCGCCACUUCUACACAGUGAACGGCCACACGGAUGUUCCGCGAGCGUUUGUUGUCCCGGGCGGCGUUGAUGCGUGGCCACGAUUGUCGUGGGGUUGGAAGCUGGGUAGCACCGUUACUCUUAUCAGGAAUAUGGGUGGAUACGCUCGCCAAGUAGAGGAAUCGAAGCACGAGCUCAAGGAGAUGAAGUUCUGCUUCGAGAUGGUGAUGGCUGAGCGUGAGUGGAACGUGAAGGUUCUUCCGGCGCUGAAGGUCUUCCGCCAAGUACACCACCACUGCAUCGUGGAGAGGCUAUUCAAGGUACCACGUGAGUUCCCGUGGCCUGAAGAAGCGUGGGAUCUUCCUCUUGGCCAGGUCGUCAAUGAUAUGCGCAUGGGAAAAACCUAUGUGGAGUUUGUCGCUCGAGACGCGGAUACUCUAAACGAAAUUGGAUUCGCCUGGGACCGUAAUGCGUCCACUUGGAACGAUCGUAUCAUUCCAGCGCUACAAACCUACGUCGCCGAGUUCAAGACUUGUCGGAUGCCUCAGAGCUUUGUUGUACCUGCGCGUGAACCUUGGCCCAAGAGUGCGUGGAAUAUGGCACUUGGUAGGCAAGUGUACUAUAUGAAAUACGAGGGAUCCUAUUUCUUGCAAAUCGGGCGUGACGUCGAGCGGUUGAGUACGUUGGGAUUUCGUUUCGAGCUGCGGCAUCAAGCAUGGGAAAAGCGAGUUGAGCCGUUGCUGGAGAUUUACGAGUCCUGCUUUGGUGACAGGGCAGUCCCGCACGAUUUCGUGAUUCCAUCUGAGGCACCGUGGCCAGAGAAUAUGUGGGGAGUUCACUUGGGGUUCUUUGUGCGCGCGCAAGAGACCGCAACGGAGGGCGAGCUUUAG